CGCGUCAACACCCGUGGCAGCGCAGACAGCAAUGGACCACGUCUUCCGCGAGCAAGCCGAGAAAAUGGAGACGCUCUACAAGGAGAAGCAUGACGAAGCUGAAGGACUGCGGCGCCAGCUCAUCGAGGCCAAAGCGGAGGUCGACCGCUUGAAGAAGAAGGCGGUGCUCGAGAAGUUCGAAGCCCUCGUGGACGAGCAGCUCGAGACAGCGCUACUGAUCUCGCCCGAGCACUAUGAGACCACGCGCGCGAGCUUGGAUAACUACUCUGCGCUCACAAACUUUGUGUGGCAGUUCCUCGAGAAGGUGACGUGGCCUCAAGAUGCGGCGUCGGACCACGAGUACGAUACAGCAUGCAUGAAGUUCGUCCGAGGCGCUCACGUUUUGGCUGUCGAUGCAACAUAUGCACCGAUUUCUUCGAGGCCGGCAAGUUGGUGGUGACGCUACCGUGCGCGCAUGUCUUCCACAACGACUGCAUCAAGCCGUGGAUCACUCGUAACCAUGUAUGCCCGCUCUGCAAGGCGAUCAUCGUGCCAACGCCCGAGACCCUCGGCAGUAUGAGCCCAUGAGUCGAGAUCGAUGCCCGAUGCCAGCAAUCGCAAAGUGGGUUCAUAACGAAGCGCACAUUUUG